UACUUAAGAAGAAUUGCCUUUGAAAACAAUUGCAUCAACCCUCUUUCUAUUCUUUAAACUGGACUGUGGAGGUGUCUCUUUACAAGCCAGCUGUGUUGUGGUAGACUGGCCAGUCUCAGUGAGUGAGAACCUAACUCACUCCUUCAUUUUGGAUUUCACUUGAAGGCAGAUUGAGGAGAAACUUCCCUCUGCUGCUUCUUGCUGCCUCUUUUCCUAACAGCCGGAGCUUAGAAAAUAACAGCUCGAGGUACCUUUCCUCUUGAUCUACCUAGCCCGGAGCUGGGGGAGGUCCUAUACUGCUGCCUGGCAACUCCACGUUCCCGAAGACUUUUUGGGGGAUGGGAAUAGGACCUCCAGGGCCGGCCUGAAGUGCCUGGUGGUGCAGCCUCUCUGCGCCUGGCUUCAGCCACUCCGCGCCGGCAGGUUGCAUGAGGGCCGGCUGCUGGAGCCGGCGUGGGGCACAGUAGGGGACCCGGCUGGUGGGUGGCUUUCGGCGGGGAGCGAGGGGUUUGCAUUGGCUGCUGUGCCCCGUGCGCUCUGGACGCGUUCGCAGGGAAGGCGGCUGGGGGUGGAAGGGAGUCCCCGGGAGCCGGGCUGCCAGGUUGAACAUCCCACGCCUCUGCCCCCCGCCUCCAAGUCCCUUCAUGCAGCAGCGCCUCCCAUUAGCAGAACUGCCUGCUCGCCUGCUGCCAUGGCUUCAAGGUCACCUUCCCUGCAGGCAGAGAGCAGAGCGGAGGGGCUGCAGCCCGCUGAGCGUCGCCCGAAGAAGAAAACCAGCGACGUGCGUCUCUCUGCACCCAGCCCCCGUGCCCUGGUACUUGCCAACCUGCUGCUGCUCCUGUCUCGUUGCCCAGGUUCUCAGGCGACAAGUUUAAACAAAAAUAGCCUGAAUCCCAACAGUUCUUUGUGGGAUAUGGAUUUUGAAGGACUAUUUCACAGUAAGAAAAUUCUCCCAGGGACUCCUGGCUCAUAUAAACUCUCCAGCCUUCUUAGAAGUAAUGCUCUUGUAAGUCAUGAGGAAAGAAGAAGGUUGGUAACAAAUCAGAACCUGACUCAGAAAUCAAAGGAAGAGCAGUUAUCCUGUGACAUGCUCCUUAAGAUUUACAAAUAUGUUUUUAUGGAUGCCUUUGGACCUAAACUUGCUGGGAGUAUAUUUCACUUUCAUAACUGUGAUAAGGAAGUCAACCCACCCAAAAUUCAGAUCAACCCUCUCAAGCUGCUGCAAUCUAAACUGAAGCCACUGUUGUUAUACCGUGUGCUCAAGGUCCUCAGGGACAUGGGAGUAUUGGAUGAAGCCCAGCAAUCCAAAGCCUUCUCAUUGCUGAAGAAGCAAAUGCUUAAAACAAGGAGAAUGUUGUUUAAGUCUGAAGUGAAACAAAGUGGUAUGUAUCUAAGGAGAAUGCAUGUUUCCUGUGUUCUUAACAUUUUGUGCUUGUCUCUAUGUUUACCAGCCUCAUGUGAUAAAUGAUGUUUAAUUGUUUCACCUAUGAGCUUGAGGAUACAUGUUAGAAUGGUGGAUUCUAAGCACUGGUGUUUCCAGCUUUUGCCAUUGAUUAGUACUUGGUUGCCCAUCUUCCUUCCCUCUUUCCAUUUCCUCCCACACCAUAAGGCCCGAUCCUGCAAUGCUUACUCAGUGGCUUCAGUGGGAUUAAUGGCAUGGGUUAUAGGAUCAGCCCCUUAAUGAAAGGCUUGACAUUCUGCCUCUGUUCUGACACUGCUGCCUGCUUCUCAUUCCCUUGUCUGACCUGUAACCCACAGUGGAGCAUGGGCUGCUGUAAACCAGCCUCCUGCAAUUUGGCCUGCUGUGCUGAUAGUUUGCUACAAGCAGACAGGAUUAUGCAGAAUCCAAUAGGAGAGGGUUAUAGGCAUCUCACUGCGGCCCUGUAAAAGCCUCAACCCAGUGUUCAUUAUUAAAUGUCCAAACCAGCAAAGUGCAUUGCAAAGCAUUUCCUGUGACAUGCUGAGCACCUGAAUGUCCAUAUUGACUUUAGUGGGAGAUGAAGGUGUUCAAAAUCUAGUAGGAAGGGAUCCUAUUAAGGUAGGUAGAAGAAAGGAGAAUUUGCUGGCUGCAGAGUAAGGGAUGCUAGAAAGAUUCUGGAUGCAGAAUGUAGAGGUCACUGACUGACAGGUUAACUGGUACAGUUGCCUGGAAAGGUUGAGUACCAUUCUGUUAGAAGACCACCUCUGAAAGUCAAGAGCCAUUAAAGGGAAUGUUAUGGCUGUGCAAUGUCCAGCAUAAUGCCACCCCCCGCCCCCUGCAAUUCUGACAGGGGUCUUGGAGUGCUACUUUAAUACAAAUCAUGAUCAAUAAUUUGUUGUGUGUUAUACAAAGCAUUUCUCGACGAGGUGGGUGUACUAAAGUUUUUAAGCCAUUAGAACAAAUUGAAAUACUUUGAUGUAUUCUGAUUUCCUCAAGACUAAACUGAAUGUAUUUGCCUACAGAGAGAUGCAAAUAAUAUAACUUUUGUUGAGAAAACAAAUAUCAGCACAGAAUACUCAGUAGCAUUUGCAGAUGGGAAGAGGCAAGUUUUAUAUUUAGUUAUUGAAAAUAUGUUGUGUUUUCAUGGUGGUGUAUAAGUUGGAGCCUCAUGUUAUCCAUUUUCAGGAUAAAGUGUCACAUUAUAUAUGAAUUCUUAUGAAACAGAUUCCUGCUUUGACCCAUUCCAGCCUAAACCGGCAGUCAUAGCAAGUAUAGUGGUUUAAGUGAUCCUUGCAAGCAGUUAAUUCAGUACAAAUCCUGGAAUAAGACUUACUCAGUAUUGUUCAUGAAAAGGGCCCUUGAGAGAUCAUCUGAAAGAUAUUAGGACCUGAGUAUGCUAAUCAUGUGCAAGGGUGACCCCUAUUGGUAGAAUUUAAAACCAGAUGUGGACAAAUCUCAAUUACCACCCCUAUCUGGUAAACCAGUCUAUUGGCUUUUUUGUAGCUUCUGAUUUUAUAUCUAUGUAAUUAAGAAAUAUUAAAAAAGAAUAUCAAAACAACACAGAUCAAAACACUAAUCCUCUCUCUCUGUAUAUAUAUACAUGUAUGUGUGUAUAUGUAUAUAUGUAAUGUGUGUGCAUAGAUACAUACACAUAUGUUACCCAAGCUAUUUAUAUCAUUUGUGCUAAUGUGUAUGUGUAGUGUGUGCAUUUGAAAACUGUCCUGAGCAUCCAGUUUUUAUCUAAAGUAGACAGACUGGGUUGUGUGGUAGAAACAGCGACUGCUUUAGGUAGGGUACUUUUGUUCAAACUAUUCCGUGGGAACUACUUAGUGAAAACUGACCCUGCUUUUCCUUCCACCCUCUGAGCAGUAUUAAGGAAAUGGGAUAUCAUUCAAAGAGGGAGUUUACCAGGGAGGAAAGUGCUUACACGGGAAGUACCAUCCCUACGUUCCUGUGUGAAUUUUGUGUCUACUGCCAGAAGAAAGUCAGGGGCAUUGUGGGAACAAACUAUUAGUCAAAAUGUCUCUGUCAUGAAUCAGCUAUUUUUUGUCAUUCCCUUUAAAUGAGACCUCACUAGAUCCCAGUCAAUCCAAUUAAAAUUUUCAUGCAAAAUAUUACAUUUAUUGCAACAUGUUGGGGCUUGAAUUGUUAAAAGUUUCCUAAUACCAGGUAGUCCAUUAGGAAAGAGUGGCAUGACCCAUUUUGUUUUUAUCAGGAUGGAUUACUACUGAUUAGCCUAAAAAAAAGAGUAAGAGUAACAGCAAAAUGAGGUCCUUUUGCUAGGAAAGGCUGAUGAGACAGGAUGUUCUGUCUUCCUGUGUGAAGGUGUGAGAAUGUUUGCAUGGUUGGAAAUGUUCUUGUGUUGAGAAAACAUCUUGCGUAGUUGAAGAGUAUUGUGUAAACUUUAAUCGGGAGUUUAUUUGAAAAAGAAAAAUAAUCCUGAAAAUGAGGUUUGUCAAGGGUAAAAUCAGCCCCAUUUCACCUCUUCAGUGUCAGCUCUCGGAUAGUAAUAUUUCCUAAAUAUUCCUGAAGUGGAUUCUCAGAAAAGCAUAGAGAUGUUUCUAGUCUAAUUUGUUCCACAGUUUUUUCCACAUGCCAGUUAGGAACUUUUCAAUACUGGGAGAAAAUUGCCUCUAAAUUGCUCACCUCAAGGCAACCUUUUCCUCAGGAAAAGAAUCAAACCAUGAUAGCUGUGCUGCUACUAACACUACAGAGAGAGAGAGAGAGAUAUUUUGGAAAUUACUUAAAUAAUGUAAGAAUCUGGAGAUCUCCACAAGCAUAUGAAUAAAGAAUUAAAGGCUGAGCCUGCAGUUCUUCCUCUGGCAAAAGUCCCACUGAAAUCAGAGGGAAUUUGGCCUAAGUAAUGACUGUUGCAUAGGAUCCUAAGGCAAGUGUAGGCUGGGGGGCCUCAUUUAGUGAUAGCCCAAGCCUUUAAUACAUUUAGUUCCAGUACUGAUGUAUUAGCAUAAUACAUACAGCUUGAAUAUAAUUUCUCAACCUGUUAUUUUUAUUUUUGUCAAGUCUAUUCAUCUUUAUUUUCCUCUAGAAUGAACAUUUUAGUUGAAGGUAAGAGUCAGGGGAUGCAACGGACAUUUGGAUAAAUGCAUAUGGAAGAUAAGUUCUAGUUCUCUUGUACCUGAAAUUCUGCACAUUUACAACAGGUGAAUUCAGACUCCAGAGAUCUCCAAACAAUUUAAUUGGCCCUGUCCCCUAUGUCAGAAGAAAUCUUGCCCCAGAAUAAUUUAAUAGCCCCUGACCCCUCCCUCAGAAGAAAUCUUGCCCCAGAAUAAAGUUCAGAGGCAACAGAUUGAAACAGUGAGACCAGAUGAUGGCACAUGAAUGUAUCUCCCUUCCCUUAUUGUUCGUGAUCAGCAGCACUUACGGCUUUGCACAGUGGGCUCCUCUUUAGCCUUGGCUCUUUUGUGGUAUCUGUGGCUGGUAGAGUUGUCUCCUCACUACCAGCUGUCCCUCUCCUCUGGAUGGAGGUUUUUUAAAUGGUUAGUGAAGCAUUUGAUGAAGGAAUGAAUCAGCUCAGUGGCCACAAAUCUGUGCUUUAAUAUAUUUACACGUUGCCCGGCAGAAUCUCUGGUCUUUCAUGCUGCAUUUAACAGCAUAAGAAAUACUGAUAACUUUGAUUCAGAAAAAAAAUGGAAUCUGAAAUGGACUUUUACUCCAGUUUAAAGACUUCUGCAAUCAAUGGGAGCAGGAGCAGAUCAUUUAAGAGCAAGGGACCUGAUCCAAAGCCCAUUGGAUCAGGCCCAAGACUUGUUGGAAUAUCCCCUGAAGGUAUUUUCUAUAGCAUUACAGUGACUGUUGUGGGACAGAUGACCUCUCCAUGGGUGUCUCAGCCUCAGACCAGUGGUAUCCUACCUCCUGCGAUUUUCAUGCAUUCUUGUUCUUAGUCCUCCCCGUCAGAGUUCUUUAAACAAAAAGUCAUUCCCAGCUGCCCUAGGGCUACACAUCACAGAGAAAAGGGUGAGGCUGAUUUAAUUAGACUGAUUUUGCAAGAUUAACUGACAAAUGAAGAGCUCUCUGUAAGCUCCAAAACUUUUCUCUUGCCAACAGAAAUUGGUCCAAUAAAAGAGAUAACCUCACCACUUUGUCUCUCUAAAUUAUCCUUAGCCAUCCAAAUCUGGUCCUAGGCAGGUGUCCAUUUCCACCUACUUUGCCUACAACCUUUGUUUAGGGUAGCAAGGGGAACACACCUCAUUCCUUAAGCAUUUAGCCUGGGGCACUGGGGUUUCCCAGCCUGUGUGCCUGGCAACAGCUUUCCUUUUACUGCUCACCUCCUCUACCAAUUUCCCUGCAGAAAAGUUUAGCUCCCUGCCGGUGCGGAUAGGGGGCCUCAGGUCGCUCAUGCCCCCCUUAAGGUGAAGACUCUACUUUGCAAGCGACAGAGGAAGUCCAAGCCAGCCGUUCCCUCUGUUCAUCUCCAAGCCUAUCUGAACCUCACUGGAAGGUAGCAGAGAGGCUGCAGCUGCAACCCGUAAGGGACAGUCUGAUGUUAGCAGGGAAUGUGCACCGCUCCCCUACUCCCCGUUUAAGGGAUUUCC